AUGGUUUUUAAUAAAGAGAUUGCUCGUUUUGCUGUUGGUGUUAUUGGGAACAUCAUUUCACUCAUCUUGUUUCUGUCACCUUUGCCAACAUUUUAUCGAAUCUGGAAGAAGAAAUCAGUAGAGCAAUUUUCACCAUAUCCAUAUGUUGCCACAUUUGUAAAUUGUGGUCUAUGGGUACUCUAUGGAAUACCACUUGUACAUCCACACAGCAUACUAGUUGUGACCAUAAAUGGGACAGGACUUGCCAUUGAGGUUGUGUACCUAAUGCUGUUCUUAUUGUACUCUGAAAAGAAAAAAAGGAUGAAAAUAUUGCUCAUUAUUGUUGGUGAGAUUAUUUUCUUGGCUUCACUUGCAAUACUUGUUCUAACCCUUGUUCAAACACACAAAAAAAGAUCUACUAUUGUAGGCAGUAUUUGUAUGGUUGGCAACAUUUUGAUGUAUGCUUCUCCUCUGGCUAUCAUGAAAUUGGUGGUGAGAAGCAAAAGUGUGGAGUUCAUGCCCUUCUUCCUUUCCCUUUUCUCAUUUCUGAAUGGUGUUAGUUGGACUACUUAUGCCCUCAUUCGUUUCGAUGCCUUCAUUCUUGUACCAAAUUCUAUGGGAACUGCCCUUGGACUAGCCCAACUGUUGCUUUAUGGGAUGUAUUACAAGUCCACAAAGAGACAAAAUGCAGAAAGACAGGCCCAAGGAGAGCUGGGCCUACCUGAGAAGAAGAUAAGCAACCUUGCAAGAGUUUAA